AUGGCAGGCGACGUGGAAAAUUGUCGAGCGGCCUUGAGGAGAUGUCCCCCCGGUCACCCUGAUCGAUCACAGUCUGUCAACAAUCUCGCUCUCAGCCUUGGAGACAGGUUCAGGCAGCGGGGCGUCCCUUCUGACCUUGAUGAGCGCAUCGAGCUAAAUUGGGCUGCACUACUCCUUCGUCCCCCCGGUCAUUCUGAUCGAUCACAAUCUCUCAGCAAUCUCGCUGCCAGCCUUGGAGACAGGUUCAGGCAGCGGGGCGUCGCUUCUGACCUUGAUGAGUGCAUCGAGCUACAUCGGGCUGCACUACUUCUUCGUCCUCCCGGUCAUUCUGAUCGAUCACAGUCUCUUGGCAAUCUCGCCCUCAGCCUUCAAGACAGAUUCAGGCAGCGGGGCGUCCUGUCUGACCUUGAUGAGUGCAUCGAGCUCCAUCGGGCUGCAUUACUCCUUCGUCCCUCCGGUCAUUCUGGUCGAUUACAGUCUCUCAACAAUCUCGCUGCCAGCCUUCGAGACAGAUUCAGGCAGCGGGGCCUCCCGUCUGACCUUGAUGAAACAUUUAGCCUGUUCUUGCAACUCCCAUACAUAUCUCAUGCAGUCUCUCGUGCGGAUCUUACUGCUGCCAACGUUCGUCGUGGUGCGCUGACAACUGCUGUGGAAUUGGUGGAGCAAGGUCGUGCAGUGUUCUGGACUCAGUUGACACGCUUAAGCUCACCGUUUGAUGGACUUUCUCUUCCCGGUGAUACCGGCGGAGCCUUGGCGGAAGAGUUCGAGCAGCUGAGCUUUCGCCUUCGUAGCGCAUUUGAUCAGUCUACUGAAGACCAGUCUCCACAAAUCCGUCAACUGGCCAUCCAAUGGAAUGAUGUCGUCUCUCGCAUUCGUAUGCUCCCUGACUUGUCUCGAUUUCUCCUGCCUCCCCUGUUCUCAGACCUACAGAAGGCCGCUGAAGAGGGACCUGUCAUCAUCGUCAAUGCUAGCCAGUACAGUAACCAAAAUCCUGUCCACCUUCCGAUUGAUGUCACGCAGGCUGAAGUCUCCGAAUUGUCCUCUGAUUUUCAGUCCGUCGCAGAGCAAUUUGGUUCUUCCGAUCAUCAGAACAAGCUUGUGAGCAUCCUCCGCAAGCUUUGGCAUGAUAUCGUUGACCCCAUAGUCCAAGCCCUCAGGAAGUCAAAUGUUCGCCAUGGCUCGCGUAUCUGGUGGUGUCCCACUGCUGAAUUUACUUUGCUUCCUCUACAUGCAGCAGGACCCUAUGAGAGGGAGAGAGAUAACUUGUCAGAGAUCUACAUUUCCUCUUAUACCCCCACUUUGGCGACGCUCGUUCGUGCGAGACAGCGUGUCUCUCAAUAUGCAUCUACUCAAUAUUUUGUUGCAAUUGGUCAAGAAAACCCGGACAGAGGGAAGGAACUGCGAUGCGUCGCUCCUGAAUUAGCCGCCAUAGCUCAGCGUCUCGUGCCCAUCGUGUCGUCCUUCACAUCGCUCGAGGACAGCGAUGCAACAGUGCAGGGUGUCCUCGAUGCACUAAACCAUAACCAGUGGCUUCACCUAGCCUGCCACGGAAUGCCGAAUCGACAACGACCAUUUGAAUCUUCCUUCGCAAUGCGUGAUAGGCCGUUGAUGAUUAAGGACAUCAUCCGAUCGAACUGGCAGAACCCGGAGUUUGCAUUCUUAUCGGCUUGCCACACUACCGUGGGCGACGAGAAGAAUCCAGAUGAGUCGAUCCAUCUCGCCGCGGCGAUGCAGUUCUCCGGAUUUCGCAGUGUGAUUGGAUCUAUGUGGUUUGUUGAUGACGAGGCUGCACGGCAGGUUGUGUCUGCUUUUUACGACAAGUUGAUCGAUGAUUCAGGGAGAUUAGAUUGCACGCGGGCUGCAGUGGGGUUGCACAAGGCUGUGAGGAAAUUGCGGCGCAAUAAUAUUCCACUGGAACAGCAGAUCGUAUUUGUUCACAUAGGUGUCUAG